AUGCCUUCCGUCUAUAAUAAGGAAAAACCAUGGGAUACCGAUGAUAUUGAUAAAUGGAAGGUUGAAGCAUUUACUCCUACCGACAAUGCAGGUGGUACUUUUGCGGAAGAAUCAUCCUUCGUAACAUUAUUCCCCAAAUACCGCGAAGUAUACCUCAAGACCGUCUGGCCACUUAUAAUGAAAUCGCUCGAGAAAUUUGGUAUUGCUGCGACACUUGAUUUGCGCGAAGGUUCCAUGACAGUCAAGACCACUCGAAAAACAUACGAUCCAGCCUCCAUUCUCAAUGCCCGAGAUCUCAUCAAGCUACUUGCACGAAGCGUACCUGCGCCUCAAGCGAUCAAGAUUCUUGAUGAUGGUGUAGCAUGCGACGUCGUUAAAAUCCGAAACCUAGUCCGAAAUAAGGAACGAUUCGUGAAAAGAAGACAGAGAAUUCUAGGUCCAAAUGGUAGCACUUUGAAGGCUUUGGAGCUUCUCACAGAAUGCUAUCUACUUGUGCAGGGAAACACUGUAUCAGCAAUGGGCCCCUAUAAAGGCCUAAAGGAGAUCCGACGAAUCAUCGAAGAUUGCAUGGCCAAUAUUCAUCCUAUAUACCACAUCAAGGAAUUGAUGAUCAAGCGGGAGUUGGCUAAGGAUCCAGAAUUGGCAGGCGAGAGUUGGGACAGAUUCUUGCCACAAUUCAAGAAGAGGAACUUAAGCAAGAGAAGAGUGCCUAGAAACGUUACGGACAAGGCCAAGAAGGUGUACACGCCAUUCCCUCCACUACAAGAGAAGAGUAAGGUGGACCUGCAGAUUGAGAGUGGAGAGUACUUUUUGGGCAAGCAAGCAAAGGAGAGGAGAGUCCAAGAGGAAAGGAUAGAGAAGCAGAAGGAGGAGAAGGAGGAGAAGCUGAAGAAGAGGGCCGAUGAAUUCGAGGCGCCAGUUGAGGAUGGGGAGAAGAAAGAGAAGAAAGACAAGAAGAGAAAGAGAGAUAAGGAAAGUGGAGAGAAGAAGGAAAAGAAGAAGUCGAAAAAGAGGAAGAGCAGUGAUGCUGAUGGAGAUAUCGAUAUGGCCGAGGACUAA